CAGAGCAGAUGUUCCGCCCUUUCAUAAAUCCAUGAUUGAUUGCUACCAUAGGAGAAAAGGUCGCCUGAUUAUCAAGAUAUGUCUGUGUUCUCUUAUUUGCCCUGAGGCAAACUUGGGCUAGCGUUCCGCCUUUCGGCUCGUCGUAUCCGUUGCCACAAGACCAACCAGUACCGGCACCCUCAUCGGCUAGUCCCAGCGAUUAUCUGAUUUGAUUUUAUCAGAUUAAUCUGCGUCUGUGUUGCCCGUCCUCCCCUUUCUACGCUUGUCAGACAAAAGUCUGUUUUCCUCUUCUUUCUUCUUCGUUGCUCGGAACCAGUGACCAAGACAUCGACAACACGCCCUACGUACAGGUGCCCAAAAUGACCGUCGACGUGUUUUCCGUACCAGUCUUCCUGGUCGUCUUUCGAGAGUCUCUGGAAACCGUCAUCAUCGUGUCGGUUCUGCUGGCCUUCCUCAAGCAGACCCUCGAUGGACCCAACAGAGAUGUGGCUGUGUACAAGGCCUUGCGCAGACAGGUCUGGCUCGGUACAGGUAUCGGUUUCGUGAUAUGCCUGGUCGCCGCGGCCGUCGUCAUCGCCGUCUUCUACAAGGUCGGCCGAAACAGCUGGGAGGCCCACGAACUCUACUACGAAGGCGCCUUUUCUCUCCUCGCCGCCAUCAUCAUUACCAUCAUGGGCGCUGCCCUGCUCCGCAUCGGUAAGAUGCAAGAGAAGUGGCGCGUCAAGUUGGCAAAGGCAAUGGAGUCUCCUGUGAAGACCGGUGCCAGCCGGGGGUGGUUCAAGCGCUUCGCCGAAAAGUACGCCAUGUUUAUCCUGCCCUUCAUCACCGUGCUCCGUGAAGGAAUUGAGGCAAUUGUCUUCGUGGCUGGCGUGUCUUUUUCUGCGCCUGCGACUGCCGUGCCGCUCCCCGCCAUCGUCGGGUUGAUUGUUGGUGCCUUUGUCGGCUACCUCCUUUACAAAGGUGGUUCCACAGCGAAGCUUCAAGUAUUCCUUGUCAUCUCCACAUGCCUCUUAUACCUCGUUGCCGCUGGACUCUUCUCCAGGGCGGUGGGUGAUUUCGAGCAGCAAGAGUGGAACAAGGUUGUCGGCGGCGACGCUGCAGAACUCGGAAAUGGACCGGGUUCCUACGAUAUCGACAAGAGCGUGUGGCACGUAAAUUGCUGCAGCCCAGAUCUCAACGGUGGCGGCGGCUGGGGUAUCUUCAACGCCGUCCUCGGCUGGACAAACUCGGCAACGUACGGCUCCGUGAUCUCCUACAACGUCUACUGGAUCUUUGUUAUUGGCUGCUUCCUCCUCAUGAGAUUCCACGAGACCAAGGGACACUGGCCUUUCAUGAAGGCGAAGGCUCCUCGGGAAGCCGAGAGGCGCCUCUCCGAUGACCGUAGCGGAAGCGAGCAGGCGAGCACAUCUGAGAAAGAUAAGGGGGCAUCGACUACGAAGACUGUGACGGCUUCGUCAUAGUUGGAGCAGCAGGGACAAUUGAAUGCUAUCGUCAGUCCUUUGGAACUAUGGACGAUCAUGACUGAAAGGAUACCAUGCUGGUGGACAAUAUAAUGUGAAAGCUGUCUGUAUGGUAAUGAGGUCGGAAGGAUGGCCGAACUCAUAGGAUAAAUUGAGGUUGAACAUUAGCGUGCAACCCUUUCACCCUCGAGACAUGUACAAUAUUCUUUUUCCAAGGACCGGUGGCUUCGGUCAAGUUCCUUCGGAUUGUAAAGAGACCAUGGAGUGAUGUCACCGUGUACGUACUCGCCAGUAUUCAAAGGAUGAAAUGUGCAAUAUCACCCCUCAAGAGCACCUCAACACACUGCUACCUAGGAUAAUAGUUGGCGCUGUUACGAUCAAUC